AUGACAAACGACGAGGACUCAUCGAAUUUCUCUCAGCUGAAAGACAGCCUGGCGCAGCGCCUUCUCCUCGUUCCGGAAUUGAACUCUGCGGACGCAACAGCGUCUGCUGAGCUCGACGACUUCGUAUCCUAUCUGGCUUCUGAAAUCUGGCCUCGCCUACCUGAAGAAACACGAGAAGCGUCGUACUCAACCGUCUCCUCCUUACCAGACAUUGACGAGCUCCCUCUGGACGAAGUCGCCCCGCCCACUUUUGUCGAAACCCUCGUCUCGUACGGUAUCUGCUCGGACGAUGACAGCGCCGUCAGAUGGCUCCGAAAGGUGCUGCUUGAUUAUGUCAAGGAAACUUGUGCACCUCCGCCCGUAUGGUCAACUACGCGGACCAAGGAAUGCGAGUUGUGUGGCCGGGAAGUUCCUCUGACGUACCACCAUCUGAUUCCUCGGUCUACGCAUGCCAAGGCUCUGAAGAAGAAGUGGCACCCGCAGGAUAUGCUGAAUUCAGUUGCAUGGUUGUGCAGGCCUUGCCAUUCAGCCGUGCAUCGUGCUGCGUCAAACGAGGAUCUCGCUCGGAGCUAUUAUACAUUGGAACUAUUGCUUGAACGUGAAGAUAUCCAGAAGUGGGCAAAGUACGCUUCCAAGCAACGAUAUGGCGUGAGGCGAGGUUGAUGUCCCACUUGACGAUAUCGGUGGACACUUGGACCUGUAUAUUUGGCUUGUAGUAGUAUGUAUCAGUAAGGCUUCGUUUCCUACAAUUUCUC